GAGGAGUUCGAGGUUGUAAACAAUGAUGGCGAGGGGAUUCGUGCUGUAUAUGGCGUCCUAAUGGGUGAAGGGGAAGGUGACAUGAAAGAAAUGGUUGGGGGCUGCUGUGUCUGCUCCGACGAGAGCGGUUGGGACGAAAACCCUCUGGUUUAUUGCGACGGUGAUGGCUGCAAUGUGGCGGUGCAUCAAGCGUGUUACGGAAUCGUGUCGGUGCCACCUGGACCGUGGUUCUGCCGCAAGUGCGAGUCCCAGGAGCGGGCGGCGCGUGUGCGCUGCGAGCUGUGCCCGAGCAAGGGCGGCGCGCUGAAACGGACCGACACCAGCGGCUGGGCGCACGUGGUGUGUGCGCUGUACAUCCCCGAGGUGCGGUUCGGAGACGUGGCCACCAUGGAGCCCAUCCUGGUCUCCAUCGUGCCGCCCGACAGAUUCAGCAAGUCGUGCUAUCUGUGCGAGCUGAACGGACGGGCGAGCAAGGCGCAGAUGGGAGCCUGUAUGAGCUGUAACAAACCCGGCUGCAGGAUGAACUUCCACGUGACGUGUGCUCAGGGGCACGGCCUGCUCUGUGAAGAACAGGUGCAGAGCAUGAACAACGUCACGUACUGCGGCUACUGCCAACACCACUACGCCAAGCUGAAGCGCGGUCACAACGUGAAGCCGAUCCCUGCCUUCAAGUCGAGCCACGACGUGACCUCCUCAGAGCCAUCUUCGGGCAAGUCUGCUCCGCUGCCACUGCCGCCCUCUGCCGACCCGGCGCGCACCGAACGACGUAAGCGACCCAAGGCGUCCCGCUCGCCACGGGCGUCGGCCACCGCGCUGCCCGCGCCGCCGUCCGCGCUCAACGAGAGCUCCUGCUCGAGUCUGGCCAGUGACGCUCCGGCGGCCGACGAGCGGCGAGAGAGGAGCGAGAGGACAGAGCGCAACGAGAGGGGCGACCGGUCAGAGCGUUCGGAGAAGGCAGAGAAGAAGGAGGAGCGCAUCGAGAGGACAGAGCGGACGGAGAAGGCGGAACGGGGCGAGAGGACGGAGCGUUCUGAGAAGGCAGAGCGAACCGAUCGGUCAGAACGUUCGGAUAAGGUGGAACGAACUGACAGAACGGAGAGAUCCGAGAAGACUGAGCGAUCCGACAGAUCGGAAAGAACCGAGAAAACGGAUCGUGGAGAUAGAAUAGAAAGACAAGACCGGGCGGAACGACAGGAGCGGCAGGAGAGGCAUGAGCGGCAGGACCGACAGGAACGGCAGGAGCGGCAGGACCGACCAGAGAGGCAGGAGCGGCAGGACCGAUUAGAGAGGCAGGAGCGGCAGGACCGACCAGAGAGGCAGGAACGACAGGACCGGGUAGAGCGACAGGAACGGCAUGAGCGGCAAGACAGGUCAGAAAGGCAAGACCGGCAAGACAGACCAGACAGGCCAGAGAGGCAGGACCGGCAGGACCGCCCAGACCGGUCUGAGAGGCCAGACCGGGAGCGGACGGAGCGCCCUCCUCCGGCCGCGGUGCCGGCAGAGACGAGCGACCGGACACCUCCCGAGUCCUCCGCCGACACCAAGUUCACCACGGCCAACUUCACCGAGACGGUGGUGACGCCGAGUGGAUCGGUGUUCGGCGCGCCUCCGGCCCGGUCCUCCGCCGGCGGAGAGCCGGCCGGCGCCGCCAGCGGAGCGGGCACCGAGAGCGAGUCGACACUGUCCACCGCCUCCGACCUCGACUUCAAGGAGGCGGCCCUGGUGAUCAAACAGGAGCCGCGCGACUCUGAGCCAGUACCGACCGUCAGCCAGUCCGUGCCGUCCCCGGCCCCGGCCCCGGCCCCGGCCCCGGCCCCGGCCCCGGCGCCCAUGCCCUCUCCGGCGAUGAGUCCCCAGCAGAUGGCGAAGACCAAGCGCGCGCUCUCCACCGCCGCUGCCGACAAGGAGCCUCGCAAACGGAAACCGCCGGGCCGGCCGCGCAAGCACGCUCCACCGCCGGCGCCGCUGUCCCCGGGCUCAGCGGCGCCUCCGCCGGAGCGCGAGGCAGCCACCCCGGACUCGGUGGGCGCGCGGGAGGCGGCGUUGGGCCGCGCAGAGGUGUCCCCGGGCGCGGCGCCGCCGCCGCCGCUGCCGCCGCCGCCCCCGCCGGCGCGCGGCCGGUCCAGCGGGGAGCUCAGCGCGCCGGUGUCCGUCAACGGAAGGAGAAACAGCGGCGGCGGCGGGCUGCCGGCUCGUACCAACGGUCUGCCGGCCGCCGCUCACAUGCUCGGUAACCAGCUGAACCCGGCCUCGCUGAUGGCGCCCAAGCUGUCUGACUCGCUGGCGGCCGAGCUGGCCGAGCAGGCCGGCUACCUGGAGCCGCCCGGCCGGCUGGUGGGACCGCCGCUGCCCGGCCGGCCGGCGGCCGCCAGCGCCGGGGCGGCACCGCUCCCCAGCAGACCGGGUGCGCCGCCGUUCCCUCAGUCGCUGAGUGAGCUGCUGGAGCGCCAGUGGGAGCAGGGCAGCCACUUCCUCAUGGAGCAGUCGCAGCACUUUGACGUGGCCGCUCUGCUCAGCUGCCUGUACCAGCUGCGGCAGGAGAACGAACAGCUGGAGGAGCACAUGAGCGAGCUGUCGCAGCGUCGCGACCACCUACUGGCGGUCAACGCGCGUCUCUCCCAGCCGCUGGAGUCGGCGCCGCCGCUACCGACGGCCGCCCGACCUCCCUCCUCCGUGGCUGCCGCCGCCGUCGCGCGGGCUCACUACGGUUCAGUCGGUCCGCUGGGCCACCACUCUGGCUCGCCGCGGCCGCCGCUGGAGAACGGUGUCGGUGACGGCGGCGGCCGGCCGGCGCCGCCGUCCCCGCUCCAGCUGCACUCGCCGCUGGGCGGCGGCGGCCGGCCUGUGUCGGCGCCCUACCCUCUGCCUGGCGCCUGCUCGGCCUCGGCCAGCUCUGCCUCGCUCCAGGGCCUGUCGGGCCUCUCCGGACCGCUGCAGUCGCUGCGCGUAUCGGCUGCCACCGGCGGCGGCGGCUACCCGCAGUACCAGCUGGUGUCCCCGCCAGGCGCCGGGCCGGCCGGGCCGCCGCUCCACCACGUGGUGCACAUGCCACCGCCGGCCGGACGCGCGCCACGCGGCGCCAGCGCCGACAAGAGAUGA